AUGCCAGUUGUACAGAUAGAUGUGUCCACUGCGAAUGCAAGCAAACAGUCACAUUUACGACCUGAUGGAGCAAUCGUUCCGGUGGUACAGGAUGAGUCUCUCGAGCAGCACCAGUCAGUCAGCAGCAAGAGGACAGAACCUGGCAAUGUAGUCGAGUCACAUGAUUCUUGCUAUUCGAGCUGUUCGGAAGAAUCGCAUAGCUCGUCAUCGCGAGAACCAUUGGAUAGUAUCGCGAAGGGAAUCGCACAGCUGAGCACAUCUAGUACAGAAUCUAAUUCAGCAGAUUCCGGAUUUGAGCAGCAGCACCCUUCAAAACAUAGAUUUCUUCAGAAUGUAGAUUUCGUAACACGACUCGGAUAUUCUGUACAACAGUUGGAAACUGUCCUUGGAAAGCUUGGAAUGAAUGUCAGAAAGGAUCAAAUACUUGAUGAGCUGAUCAAGUUUGGGCCUGGAAUGGUGGAUCAAGGUUCGAAAGUGGUUGAAAGUAAGUCACCAAACACACUCACCACAGAACUUCGCAGCAUCGUUAUCGAUGGUUCUAAUAUCGCUAUGACAUACGGCCGCAAAGAGGUAUUUUCUUGUCGUGGUAUACGUGAAUGUGUGCAGUUUUUCCGUAAUCGCGGUCAUACAGACGUAAUUGUUUUCGUUCCUCAAUUUCGGCGUGAAAUAGCCCGUUCAGAUUGUCCAAUUACCGAUCAAUAUAUACUUUUCGAAUUAGAAAAGGAAAAUGUCUUAAUAUGGACACCAUCGCGUCGCAUCAAUGGUCGCCGAAUUGUAUGUCAUGAUGACCGGUAUAUCCUGAAAACAGCGGAAGAGAAGGAUGCAGUAAUAGUAAGUAAUGAUGAGUAUCGAGAUUUAAUCAAGGAAAAUCCACAAUAUCGAAAACUAGUCGAUGAAAGGCUUUUAAUGUAUUCAUUCGUUGAUGGCAGAUUUAUGCCACCCGAUGACCCACUUGGAAGACAUGGACCAAAGUUAACAAAGUUCUUAACGAAGGGAAAUCGACAGUCUCAAUCCCAAAUUUGUCCAUAUGCGCGGCGAUGCACUUACGGGAAUAAAUGCAAAUAUUAUCAUCCGGAAAGACCAAACGGUAUUCGUGUUAGUGUUACGGAUCGGUUGAUGAAAGAAAAACGAAGGCAGUUCCAUCCUAUCUAUUUAUCCCAACCAAAGACAAUUCUUUGUCAAUGUAUGGAUCAUUCGACACAAAAUUUGAAUAUACCAAUUUCAGAGAAGAUGAUUGUAUGUGAGAACGAUAAGAAGCUGAUGCAGAACUCACCGAAUCAUCAUGAGAAGGACGCGACACAAUCUCUAUCUCCUAUACCGUCAUCUCAACUUUCUGUUUUUAGCGUUCAACAAACCGCCAUUCCAUUUCUACCAUUAUCAGUUGAUCGGAUUCAUCAAAUUCGAGAACAGCACUGCUUCACCCCAUCGAACGACCCUCGGAAAGUAACAAAUUCGAAGCGUUCCCUACCUUUGACUCCUCUAAUAAGAUGUAAUCACUCUGCAACAAAUGUAACUCAUUAUUAUACAACGGUACUUCCUUCACCCUAUCCAUGCAUCAAUUCAUUAAAUUCAUAUCACAACGAUCUAUCUCCCGACUUAUGCGGUUUAUCGCUACCGCAGCAUUUUGUACGAAAUCCGGAUACUUUAAGCGACGCAUGUGAAACCCGAACCAUCACACCUCCACAUUUUCUUACUCCAUCAUCUGAACCAACUUGUCCAGAGGUAAUAAACGAACGACAUCGAUUACAAAAUAUAUUGUGUCAGCUGUUUCCGAAGCAGAUCGUAUUGACUGUAAUGAAAGCGUUUCCGUAUGAAAACAACCCACGAGAGCUUUGCUCAUUGAUCAUAGCAGAACUUCAGAAAGAUGAUGGUGAUAGAUUACCAGACAACUUGCUGGCUAUUCCGUAG